AAACGUCUUGUGUUAGGGAAUCUGAAAGAAAUUUAUUCAAAAUUCGUUAAAGAUAAUCCUAAUGUGGCAAUUGGCCUAUCCAAAUUUUGUUCUCUUAGACCACCACAUUGCAUUUUAGCAGGUUCUGGAGGCACGCAUAACGUCUGCACGUGCCCUAUCCAUGAAAACAUAAAACUUAUGACAUUAGGCAGUAAUUUGGUGCUUUUAAUGAAAAAAGAGGAAUAUCCAGUAGUUAAUUACGAAGAUGUUAUAAUGCUGUCGUUGUGUCCCAAUCCGAAGGAGGAAUGUUUUUUCAAUAUGUGCAAGGAGUGUUCAAUCUCAAAAACACUGGAGGGUUUGAUGAGUGCAAUAUUUCAAAAAUACGAAAUUAAUGAAGUUACUUACAAAAAUUGGAAUUCACAACCUAGGACAACGUUGAAAACCAUUUGUAUUUCUACCGAAACGUUUAUCCAAAAUUAUUGUUUGGCUAGCGAAACAUUUCUAAUGCAUUCAUUUAUAGCAAAGGAGCAAGCCAAUUAUUAUAAAACUUUGAAAAACAACUUAGAGAUCGACCAAUGCUUAGUCACUUGCGAUUUUGCUGAAAACUAUGCCUUUAUUGUCCAGAACGCUGUUAGUGGAUUUCAUUGGAAUAAUGACCAGGCAACGAUUUUUCCAAUUGUGUUCUAUUACAACGAUG